UCUCCUCCAGAACCAGUACAACCAUGGUCGACGGCGAACUUGAAACCCUUCGCGGUUACGAGCUCCGUCUCCUCCGGUGCACCGUCUCUGUACCAAAAUCAGAUCCUCCUCUCGAAUCCCAGUCCGGAGUUCAUCCACACGACUCUCUUAUAAGGUCCCUUUUGUCUUCAAUCGAGGCUGGAGACUAUCUUGGAGCUCUAGCCUCUGACGCUACUAGGCUAAUAAUCGGAGAUUCCGAGUUCGAACUAGUUGAUACGGUUGAUUCCGCCGAGCGAGUUUACUCCGAGCUUCUCGACAAGGUCGAAUCGUUCGUGUUGAACGAAUCUUCAGAUGAAAUCGACAAGGCUCGCCGUGCUGUUCUGGUGAUGUGCUUAGCAAUCGCAGCUGCUUUUUGGUUCACUCGGUGCAAUUUGACCGGGUCGACAGAAGGAUCAUUAAAAUGUUCGUUACCGUUUAGAGUAUCAGAAAGUAAAGAGCUACUUGAAUGGGAGAACUGGGCUAAGAUUCAGCUCAUGUCUGUUGGUUCUGACUUGCUUGGGAUGUUUUCUAAUCUCCAGCAUUUAGUUUUUCCUAGAAUGCUUCUGUUAAAGUUGAAAGAUUUGUUGUUUGAGACAACUGCAACUGAAACUUUUGAAUUAAGGAGUAUUUCUUGGUGGCUUGUCAGAGUUUUACUUAUUCAUCAAAGAGUUCUACACGAGCGAUCUUCAUCUUUGUUUGAGAUGUUGCAAGUUUAUAUGGCCGAAGCUCUAGACCAUUUUGGAGCAUUGGAAAAAGUAAAAAGCUACUGGGGUGCCAAGUUGCUAGAAGACGAAGCUCCAUCCAUCACGUCAACCAUCUAUCUGGAAGCAUGUGUACUGCAAUAUAUAUAUGGAAGGAUUGAUCCUUCUCGGUUACAGCUUGAAUCUGCUAAAGCAGCAGCAGGGCUCGAGUUCUCUGUUACUGGGGCUCUUGGAUUUCGUACUAUUCACCAAGUAGAUCCAAAGGCACAGAUGGUAUUGGUAGCCAAUACUAGCUCAUCCAAUGGGGAUGUGAGGUUGGCCUCUGAGAAAGCUGAUGUUGGACCUUAUGAAGCUUGGGGAGGUGAAGCACCUGAAGUAUAUAUGACUCCCAAACUAGUAAACAACGAGAGUGAAGCUGACAAAGACUCUGUGCCCUUAAAACCAGUUGAACAGGCAUUGAUUUUGGCUCAGUGCCUUUUAAUUGAAAGGGGUAGUAGGCACGAUGAGAUGCAAACUGUGAUAUUUUCCCUUGAUCAGGUUGGAGCUAUUAACAAGAGCGAUCCUGGAGUAUCAAACCGUAUCCCUUUAUGCUAUGCAGUCCAUCUUCCUACUAUUCCUGCUUUGAGAAAGGAAUAUGGUGAGCUUCUGGUGAGUUGCGGUUUGGUUGGGGAAGCAAUCACAAUAUUUGAGAGCCUGGAACUGUGGGAUAAUCUAAUCUACUGCUACUGCCUUCUGGGAAAGAAAUCAGCAGCUGUCGAUCUCAUCAAUGCACGGCUUCUUGAACGGCCAAAUGACCCAAGAUUAUGGUGUUCACUGGGUGAUGUUACUAUUAAUGAUUCCUGUUAUGAAAAAGCCCUGGAAGUUUCAAAUGAUAAGUCAGUUCGUGCUAAGCGGGCUCUUGCUCGCAUCGCAUACAAUCGCGGUGAUUUUGAGAAGUCGAAGAUGCUGUGGGAGGCUGCAAUGGCCUUAAAUUCUCUGUACCCAGAUGGUUGGUUUGCUCUUGGUGCUGCUGCGUUGAAGGCCAGGGAUGUCCAGAAAGCACUGGAUGCAUUCACUUUUGCUGUUCAACUUGAUCCCGACAAUGGGGAGGCUUGGAACAACAUUGCUUGUCUGCAUAUGAUAAAGAAAAAGAGCAAAGAAUCAUUCAUUGCGUUCAAAGAAGCGUUGAAAUUCAAGCGAGAUAGCUGGCAGAUGUGGGAGAAUUUCAGUCAUGUAGCUAUGGAUGUGGGAAAUAUUGAUCAGGCUUUUGAAGCUAUACAACAGAUACUGAAAAUGAGCAAAAACAAGAGGGUUGAUGUUGUUUUAUUGGACCGUAUAAUGACAGAGUUAGAAAAUAGGAAUUCAGCUUGUAAGUCAUCAUCUUCAUCGAUUGAAACCGAAACUUCUUCAGAUGAAUCAGCAGAAACAAAACUAUGUACUGCAACACCAGCUGAAACUCAACGCCAGCUAGAGUUACUUGGGAAAGUUAUUCAGCAGAUUGUCAAAACAGAAAGUACAUCUGAAAUCUGGGGAUUAUAUGCAAGAUGGAGCAAAAUCAAAGGAGAUCUUAUGGUAGGCAGCGAGGCACUCUUAAAGCAAGUGCGAUCAUAUCAGGGAUCAGAAGUUUGGAAAGACAAAGAGCGUUUCAAGAAAUUUGCAAGAGCAUCAUUGGAACUUUGUAGAGUGUACAUGGAGAUCUCAGUGUCCACAGGAAGCAAACAAGAACUGUUUAGUGCUGAGAUGCAUUUGAAGAACACAAUCAAACAAGCUACAGUGAGCUUCUUGGAUUCUGAAGAAUUGAAGGAACUUGAAAGUUGCCUUGAGGAGGUGAGAAAUGUAAUGCAGAAGAGUGAUGAAGCGACUAGAAAUACAAAAACAUGAAAGAAGAAAAGACUUGUCACUGUCAUCAUAGGUUAGCAUCUGGUUUCUGGGAGUUGUAAAAUUAAUCAUUUUUGUUACU